AUGCGGAGAUCGACACCAUUCUCACCAAACGAAGGUGGUACCUUACUGGAUGCCUCAGUGGUACCAUCCUUCAGUGGUGGCUCAGAUCACCGCUCCUUCGAACAAAAGUGCGAUUCAACCGAAAGUGGAAAAGAAGAUCUACCACUGUGUUGGGGAAGGAGAGAAGUCGUAUAUGACGACGUCAGAUUGGAGGAGCUCCUGACCACUUGUAACUGGCCUAUCGAGGAGGACCCAACGAAAGACUAUGACCUGCUUCUUAGAGGUUGA